AGACGGGAGGAGGAAGCCGCCGGCCCGCCCCUGGGAUCGCGCUCUCGCCACCACUGAGGGGAUUGAAUUGAGGCGCCUCGGCUGCGGGAGGCGAAAAAGGAGGAGCAGCAGCUGCCGCGCAAGUGAGACGGGGGCAGAGCAGGAGACCGACACAGAGAAGGAAAGGGAGAGGAGGAUGUCUCACAGAACGAGCGCCCGGAUCAGCCCGUGACUCGGCGGCGGGCCUCAGACCCCAGCGCGGACUCGGACUUUGUCUUUGGGGUCCCGUGCUCUGCCCUUCCUGGUUUCCAGCAAGUUCGCAGAGGAGCCGCAGUGCCUCUCUGCCCCCCAGCCUUCCUCACCAUGUCCAAGAUGCCGGCCAAGAAGAAGAGCUGCUUCCAGAUCACCAGUGUCACCACGGCCCAGGUGGCCACCAGCAUCACCGAGGACACCGAGAGCCUGGACGACCCGGACGAGUCACGCACUGAGGACGUCUCCUCUGAGAUAUUUGACGUGUCUCGGGCCACGGAUUAUGGCCCUGAGGAGGUCUGCGAGCGUAGCUCCUCCGAAGAGACUCUCAACAAUGUUGGGGAUGCGGAGACUCCCGGGACGGUCUCCCCAAACCUCCUUCUGGACGGGCAGCUAGCGGCCGCGGCUACUGCUCCCGCCAACGGAGGAGGAGCCGUUUCGGCCCGGAGCGUGAUUGGGGCGCUGGCCAAUACUCUGGCGACAGCUGCCACCCCAGCCCACUCCUCGGGGGCACCCGGCGCCCCCCCGGCCGCGGGCUCAUCUGCGGGGCCAGCUCCAUCGCAGCCCCCCACCACUUGUAGUUCCCGUUUUCGCGUGAUCAAGCUGGACCACGGCAGCGGGGAGCCCUAUAGACGCGGUCGAUGGACGUGUAUGGAAUACUAUGAGCGGGAUUCGGACAGCAGCGUCCUGACCAGGUCCGGGGAUUGCAUUAGGCACAGCAGUACUUUUGACCAGACUGCGGAACGAGACAGCGGCCUGGGCGCCACCGGAGGGUCGGUGGUAGUGGUGGUGGCCUCCAUGCAGGGGGCACACGGGCCCGACUCGGGAACUGACAGUUCCCUGACUGCUGUGUCACAGCUACCCCCGUCGGAGAAAAUGAGCCUGCCCGCUCCGGCCCCGCCACUGAGUUUUGGCGUUGGGCAGCUCCAGCCGCCGCCGCCCGUAGGUGGGGCUGUGGCUCCAAGCUUGGCUCCGAAGCCGUCGUUCCCGGGAGCCGCAGCCGGGCCGCAGCAAGUGACGGCAGUUCCGCAGCCCAUCCAGCCCCAGGGAACCGGGCCAGGCGUCGUCCCUCCGGGGCCCAAUGGACAGGGUCUUCCGCUACCCCAGUCCGCGCCUCCACCGCUGGUGGGAGGCAGCGGUGCGCCGUCAGCCGCGUCUGGUGGCCCUCACACCAUGGUGCCCGGAGUUGGAGUUCCAAACGUGCCUGCCGCCGUGCCCGCUCCAAGCGUGUCCAGUGUGUCUACCACAUCUGUUACUAUGCCACAUGUACCCACGGCCCUGGUCCAGUCGCAGCAGCUGAGCAGCCAUGCGCCAGUCAGCAGGAGCGGUAGCAUAAUCCAGCAAGUCGGGCUGCCUUUAGCGCAAGGCACACCCAGUGCACCAACAAGUCUACCACAGUCUGACCUAAGCCAGUUUCAGACUCAGACCCAGCCUUCAGUCGGACAAGUUGACGAUACUAGAAGAAAAUCAGAACCCCUACCUCAACCACCACUUUCUCUCAUUGCUGAAAAUAAGCCUGUUGUGAAGCCUCCUGUUGCCGAUGCCCUGGCAAACCCCCUUCAGUUAACACCUAUGAACAGUCUGGCCACCUCUGUAUUCAGCAUAGCUAUUCCUGUUGAUGGUGAUGAAGACAGGAAUCCUUCAACUGCUUUCUACCAAGCGUUCCAUUUGAACACGUUUCAGGAAUCAAAGAACCUCUGGGAUAGUGCAUCUGGGGCAGGUGGUGUAGCCAUUGACAACAAAAUAGAACAAGCAAUGGAUCUGGUGAAAAGCCAUUUGAUGUAUGCAGUAAGAGAAGAAGUGGAAGUUCUAAAGGAACAAAUAAAAGAAUUAGUUGAAAGAAACUCUUUACUUGAACGAGAAAAUGCACUGUUAAAGUCUCUUUCAAACAAUGAUCAAUUAUCCCAACUCCCAGCCCAACAGGCCAAUCCUGGUAGCACUUCUCAACAGCAAGCAGUGAUAGCACAGCCUCCGCAGCCAACGCAACCUCCACAGCAGCCGAAUGUCUCCUCAGCAUAAAGCUUUCUUGCCUCAUUAAGAAAAAAAACUGAAAGCAAUCUAUCCUGUGUGCCACUGGUGUUCUUUCCACUUUAUAUGAAAGCAAGUAGCCAUGCUUCGGUUAUGUGUUUGGCCUUUUCAGUAUUAGACAAUCAUUCUACAAGAGCUUUUCCUCUCUUUGAGAUGUCAUGCAGUGCUGUUGAUGUCCAGUUUUAUGUCAUCAAUACACAAGGAGAAUAAUAGAUGGGGUUUAUUAAAGCAAGCAAAGUCUGCAUUUUACCUGGUGCGUAUGAGGUCCUUUAAGAGCUUUAGUGGCUCUUCCAUGUGUCUGUCAUCCAUGGAUUUACCCUGAGCCUUCCUAUCAUAUUAUAAAUAACAGUUCAUCUAAAGAGCCACUUUUCUUUCAGUAUCAGUAACAUUUGCCUACAUAAGUUUUCAUUUAUUUGUGUUUUAUUUAUUACAGGGCUGCUAUUUUCAUAAUGUACAUGAACAAUGUCACAGAACUUUUUUAAUUUUUGAAUAAUUAUAAGUAUCAGUAAAGGAAUUGAAAGACAGGAUUGCAUUUAACAGAUUAAACGUUUAGGCAAUAAUUGAACAAAAGAAUCCUGGCAUAUUUCUAACACUAAUGGCAAUUUACCUUCGGUAUUUAUUUUUAGUAGUAAAGACUCAGCUUGAAUGUAAAUUUUGUAUAGUGUAAGUAUGAAGAACAUAGUGCAACUGUACAGGUAGUAACCAAUUAUUGUGAUAUAAUAAAUAAUUGGGCUAUUUUGAUGAAGAAAACUUUGUUCAUUUGUUUCUACUUUCUAAUAGAGAAAUUGCCACGAUUCCUCUGCUUUUCAACAUUUCGUAUGACUUUUUUGGGGCGGGGGGUGGGAAAAAAAAGCUGUGAAAUUGUUCAACCUACUUUGUAACCAAAGAAGCAAAGCUGUGUAAUGGAGUUUUGGGGCGGGGGGGUUUGUUUUUGUUUUUUUUUUUAUAAUGCACAUUCUUUAUGUAUUUUUAUUUAGUGUUUUCUUGGUCACAAUUUUCUUUGCUGUCUAGCAUGAUCUGCAUGACCUAUACUCUUUGAACCACUUUCGUACCUCAUGUUUUUAUUCAGCACUCUUAUUGUAAUAUGUACUAGUCUGUGAACAAUGUCAAAUAAAAAAGAAAGAACAGGUAGUAUGGUGGAGCUGAGCUAGUGUAUUAUACACUAGUUGUAAAGAAAAAAAAAAUGAAGUGAGCCAUCUUUUGUUCAUUUAAAAUGGUGUUUUGAAUUUCGUAUGCAGAAGACGUUUUGUUACAUUGCAGAUUUUAAUGUAUUUAAUAAAUGCAACAUGCAGAUAAA